AUGACAGAAAUGGAGGAAGAUCCAUACGCAGUAAGUUCGGAUACUGAUACUGAAUCAUUGAAGGGUCCACCGCCAAAAAUCAGCAUUGAGGGGCGGUCUGUUGCUGAUAUUUCUUCACUUAAAGCCGCUUUGAACGAAAAAAAAGAGGCAUCGAAGGAUGAGAAACGACUCGAAGAAUUAAAUCAGUUGAAGGAAAAAUCCGAAAUACAUAAAAUAAAAAGAGACUUUAUUGAAGGCAAAACAAAAAAUGAAUUGACAAAGCCGGUGGAUGAAGAACGUGAACAAAUUGCUGCUGUCACAAAAGAACAAUAUUCGAAGUUCAGAAAUAAAUUUGAGAAUCUUCCGGAAGUGAUGAAGGAGGAUCUCGAAGAACGUUUAAAAACUAUAGAAAAAGAGCUGACAGGUGUUGGAAAGGAAAAUUUAGAAAAUAUCAAGGAUGCCUUUGAAAAUCCUCAAGAAGUCAAUAAAAGUGAACGUGAGCAAAUUGUUAUUGAACGUUCGGAAGAAGAUAAAAGGCGAGUGAUGAAGAAAUUUUCCCAGGCAGACCUUACAGCAGAUGAUGUUCCCAAAGAAUGUGCAGUAUGUUUGAAAACAGUUUAUCCUGUUGAAAGGAUCUUUGCUAAUAAGCGAAAUUAUCAUAUACUAUGCUUUAAAUGUGUCAAAUGCGGCAAAAAAUUGACGUCAACGAAUUAUAACAUGCACGAAGAGCAACUGAUGUGCAAAGUUCAUUACCUUGAAAUAUUUCAUCCUGAAAUUGCAAAAACAAUGGACCCCGCCACAACAGAAGAGGAUGAAAAGGUGGACGAAGAAGAAGAAGAAUAUGCAGUAUCGUCGAAACCAAAGCAACUUGGAGAUGAUGUUAUUAAAAGUGGUACAAAAUUAGACGACUUGUCAACUAUCGGAUCAUUGAAGUCCAGAAAAGGAGAUUGGGAAAAUUCUGUGAAAGAGGCAGAAGCUAUGCUUACCGAGAGGAAAAAUAUUGUUGAUAAGAUUAUUUCUGGAAAAGUGAAGGCUAAUUUGGAAAAAUUUAUAAUGGGUACUGCUAACAAGGAAGAGGAAGAGGAAAAAGAAGAUGAUGAAAGAGAUCCAAAUAUCGUACGUGAAGACAAGAAACGUCGUAAGGAGGAACUUAACUUUGAGCGGGUGGGUGAUAUAAAGAAUAAAUGGAAAGCGGGCAACAUGCAGACAGGAGAUGUCAAAGAAAUGAAGAACGAUAUGAAGGAACUACAGAAUUGUCCUGGAGUCAAAGAGCGCUUCCAGGAGAUGAGAGAAGCCGAACAAAGAGUUACUAAACAAUGGGACAGUAGUGAACUCAAUACUUCAGGAGUAGCUGAUGCUCGCAAAUCAUUUUUAGAAGGUUCAGCAUUUCAAUCCGGACCAAUUGAAAAAACUGCCUUUGAGCUUGAAGGACUUGAAUUUAAAAAACUUCAAAAUUUCAAAGAACGAUUUGAAAGAGGUGAAGGAGAUAUCCAUGUCCAGAAGGUUGAAAUUGAUAUACAUGCCGGAGACCUCAGUGGUAUUAAAUCAGCGUUUGAAAAAGGAGAAGACAGUUUGGAAAUGACACCAGAAGAAAGAGCGGAAUUAAAAAAGAAACAAAUUGAAGAGGAGUUUCUAAGGUACAAGCUUGUUAGACGAGCAGCUGCCCAGAGAGAAGCCGUCAACGAAGUGCUUGACGAUAUUAAAAUUGAAGCUGGAGAGGAAAUUCAAGUUGAAGCAAUCAAAAAUCGUUUUGAAAAAAGUGAUUAUUCUGCCAGAAAUGAACACGAAGACAAACAAUUGGAUGUAGAAAUCAAAAUUGCUGGUAAAGCUAGGCAGAAAUUUCAACAAAUCGAUGCUGAAGGAGCUCAAACAAUUACUCCAUGUAAUCGGCAGGAGAAGCAAAUAAGCAAAUGGGACAAAAAGGAAGGCGCAAUUCCGGAACCAGUGAAUAGGAGAGUGGUGGCGGAUGAAGAGAAUGAAAUAGAAGAUGACGAUGCUUAUGAUGUUAAAAAUCUCAUGCAAAAGUUCAAAAAUAUUGGCAGAGAAGAGGAAGCAAAAAGAAAACACGAAAGACAGAGUGAUUUGGAUGAAAUUAAGAUAGCUGCACGUAAUCUCAAAGAACAAUUUGAAAAAGUUGGAAUGGAAUUUGAAAGUGAAACAGCAGAAGAGAAGCGUAGACAGCUUGAAAAGGAAUUUGAACUACUGAGACGUGAAAAAGAAGAAGCGGCCGCUGUUCGUGAAGAAACCCCCGAAAAAGAGAAGUUUCCUGAGAGAGAAGAAAUUCAUGUGGCUACUGAUCACGCUUUGAAAAUGGCUGCAAAAUGGGAAAAAAUUCAGAAAAAGGAGGCUAAGAAAGCGGAAAAGAGUCGGAUGCCUCCAAAAAAUGUUACACAAAUGAUUUGGAAUGCCCACGCAGCAUCUUCUCCGCUAUGCAAUUGCUGCGGUAAGGCUGUGUAUCUUGCGGAGCGUUUGCAGUGUUUCUCGCAAAUAUAUCAUUUGAGAUGUUUUCGAUGUAAGCAUUGCGGCCUAUAUUUAAGGGUGGAAAAUUGCCAACGAUCAACAGAUGGCAGUAUUUUCUGCGAAACACAUUUUCGUCGCCUGUUUGUUGCUCAAAGUUCAUAUGUUUUUCGACAUAAUCAGCAGUUUGUGCUAACAAACUAA